AUGGCUGACGAAUAUAACGCCGAGGAGGCUGCCGAGCUCAAGAAGAGAAGAGCCUUCCGCAAGUUCUCCUACAGAGGAAUCGACCUUGACAACCUGCUGGAUCUCAGCUCAGAUCAGCUGCGCGAUGUUGUCCACGCCCGAGCCCGCCGCAGAAUCAGCCGUGGGUUGAAGCGAAGACCCAUGGGCCUCAUUAAGAAGCUCAGAAAGGCGAAGCAAGAAGCCAAGCCUAACGAGAAGCCCGACCUGGUCAAGACUCACCUUCGGGACAUGAUUGUCGUUCCCGAGAUGAUUGGAUCUGUUAUUGGUAUCUACUCCGGCAAGGAGUUCAAUCAGGUGGAGAUCAAGCCUGAGAUGGUUGGCCACUACCUUGCUGAAUUCUCCAUCUCAUACAAGCCUGUCAAGCACGGUCGUCCCGGUAUCGGUGCCACCAACUCUUCUCGUUUCAUUCCCCUCAAAUAA